GUCACUCCAGAAGGUUCGUUCUUCUCGUUUCCUUGACUUGUCAAGACGUUUGCCGCUUUGUUUUUUGGCAUUUUAGUGGUAAUAACCGCCAGAAAUGGCAUCGAGGAGGUGGUUUCAUCCUAACAUAUCAGGGUUAGAAGCAGAACAACUCUUGAUAGAACGAGGAUUUGAUGGAAGUUUUCUGGCAAGACCAAGUAAAAGUAAUCCUGGAGAUUUCACAUUAUCUGUAAGACGUAAUGGGGAAGUUACACAUAUUAAAAUUCAAAACACUGGAGACUUCUACGAUUUGUAUGGCGGUGAAAAGUUUGCAACAUUGGCAGAGUUGGUGGAAUACUACACACAGUGUAGAGGUCAAUUGAAAGAAAAAAAUGGAGAGAUCAUAAAAUUAUUAUAUCCCUUGAAUUCAGCUGAUCCAACAACAGAAAGAUGGUUUCAUGGUCACAUUUCUGGUAAAGAAGCUGAGCGUUGUUUGAUGGAGAAAGGCAAAAAUGGUAGUUAUCUUGUGAGAGAAAGUCAAAGUAAACCCGGGGAUUUUGUCUUGUCGGUUCGCUGUGAAGAAAGAGUUACACAUAUUAUGAUUCGAUCACAGGACAAUAAAUACGAUGUGGGAGGUGGAGAAAGAUUUGUCAGUUUGACUGAUUUAGUAGAGCAUUAUAAGAAAAAUCCUAUGGUUGAAACUUCUGGAACCGUUGUUAAUUUGAGAAUGCCAUUCAAUGCAACUCGGAUCAGUGCGUCGGGUAUUGAUACACGAGUACGUGAACUCAUGAGAACAUUGGACAAGCCAGAGGGUGGUACAACAAAAGCUGGAUUCUGGGAAGAAUUUGAG